UAGUUAACCGGUCUCAGCUUUAUUAUCUUAUUGUUUUUCUGUGCUCAGAAAAGAAUUACGUCUUGUUGGUAUUUGCUAAAACUAUAAAACUAUGUUAAAAGCAGUUAUUUUAGUGGGCGGUCCUCAAAAGGGAACGCGUUUUCGCCCCUUAUCUUUGGAUAUGCCAAAGCCAUUAUUUCCCAUAGCUGGCCGUCCUAUCAUACAACAUCACAUCGAAGCUUGUGUACAAUUGCCAAAUUUAAAGGAAAUUCUUAUUAUUGGUUAUUAUCCACAGGCAGAAAUGGAAAAUUUUGUAGUGACUUUGCAAAAUCUCUACAGCAUAAAUAUACGUUAUUUGCAAGAAUUCACCUCUUUGGGUACCGUGGGAGGUAUGUACCAUUUUCGCGAUCAAAUCCGAGCCGGAAAUCCAAAGGCAUUCUUUGUACUUAACGGUGAUGUUUGUGCUGAUUUUCCUUUACGAGAUCUGUAUGAGUUUCACAAUCAACGGCCUGCAUCAGCCUUGGUUACCAUUAUGAGUACAGAAGCUGCUCGGCAACAAGCGAUACACUACGGAUGUUUGGUUUUUGAUCGUGUUUCGGGAGCAGUGUCACACUAUGUGGAAAAGCCCAGUUCAUAUGUAUCGACUUUUAUCAAUUGUGGAGUGUAUGUGUGCUCCUUACAUAUUUUUGCCAAACUAGCAGAAGUUUUUCAUUCCAAAGUGCAGGAAUUCAGCAGCUAUGUAAAUGGCAAUGGAAAAGAUCAAGGUCAUAUACGUUGGGAGCAAGAGGUUUUAACUCCAUUGGCUGGUACUAACCAAUUGUAUGCCAUGCCAGUGCCUAGUUGGUGGUCACAAAUAAAGGCUGCGGGUUCUGCUAUAUAUGCUAACAGGCAUUAUCUAGAAUUGUAUAAAAAGACCCAUCCGGAACGCUUAGCCAACUCGGGUGUAAAGCGGGGUGAAGAUGACGGCAAUCUCAUUUGCACGAUUUUUCCUGACGUUUAUAUACAUCCUAGUGCUACAGUACACCAUACCGCUGUGUUAGGUCCGAACGUUUCCAUAGGCGCAGGUGUUUCUAUAAGCGCUGGGGUACGCAUACGUGAAUCCAUAGUACUGGAAAAUGCUCUAAUUAAAGAGCAUACAUUAAUAUUGCAUUCGAUCGUUGGUCGCGGUUCUGUAGUAGGUCAGUGGUCUCGUGUAGAGGGUACACCUAGCGAUCCGGAUCCGAAUAAACCAUUUGCGAAAAUGGAAAAUCCUCCGCUCUUUAACAAAGAGGGAAAAUUAAAUCCGUCCAUAACUAUACUGGGUUGUUUUGUGCAGGUGCCUUCUGAAAAGAUAUUGCUAAAUAGUAUUGUUCUACCGCACAAGGAAUUGGCGAGAAGUUUUAAAAAUGAAAUUAUUUUAUAAUAAAAAGCAAAAAAAAAAAAGCAAAAAAGCAAAUUUUUCAAAACCUUUGUAUUCAUGAAGUAAGUUCAUUAUAAGAGAAAAACAAAAAAAGGAAAAGAUAUAA